AGAUGUCCGUCUUAUAUUGUUUUCUGUGUUCUGACUCCGGUCCUCCUGACUUCACUGACACAGAGUGGCUGGACUUGCUUAAUGAGAUACGUAAGGAAGUGUACGGUAAAUAUACUAAUGUUACAAGUGAGGAAGCACAGCAGAAGCUGGACAGACUGAAGUCACGUGAUUUCCUUUGGGAAGAUCAAGACAAGAUAACGGAGGACACAAAGGAUGAGACAAUGUAUAGGAUAGCGUCAAAAGGUUGGACUAUGCCAUUCUAUUAUAGUAGUUAUGACACAGCCAGUGUGUACCUGAGAUCAGGAGGAUACAGCAGAAAACCUGGAGAGAAGUGUGUCAUAAGUAAUAGAAGUUAUUGUGAUUCCUUACUGAUACGCCGUCUUCAGAUGAACGUACUGACUCACGUCACCAUGGAGGACACACGUAUAUAUGAUGAGAUAUACCAGAUAUUGAAUGUCUCAAACCAAAAACUAGAAUACAGUGACGAUAAAAGAGAAGAAUUUCUAAUGGAUCAAAGAAGAGAAGGGGAGGCUGUACAUUACAGAAAAAAAUCACAGGACAGUGUAGAUCACGUGACGUGGCUCUGGAGAUACGGGAGACCUGACAUCGUGAGAUCCUGUAUAGGUCUCCUUCCACACAGGGAUAUUUACAUCAUCGACAACAAAGCUUACAGAAAACCAAGUACAUACCAUACAUAUCCGCCGGAUGUAAGGUGUUUACUGUACUCCUUACUGUUAAAUGAGAAAUAUCAGUUAAAUCUCAAUGAACAAUCACAGAGAAUCAUAAGGGACAAAAUCAGAGACAGAUAUUUCACUGAUAUCACUCAUGAAGGCUGGGUAGAUCUUCCUGCUGGAAUCACAGAAACACAUAAUGGUGUGAUAACCCUAAAAUCAGACGAUAUCCGACAUGACGUCAUGUACGCCUUUGUUACGGAGUGUUUGGUGGAGGAUAGUGAUCUGGAGUUUUUCCUGACCACGGCGUCACGUGACGUGAUAUCAGAAUACUGCAGGUCCUGGAAUUAUAAGAGGAGUGAUGGAGAGAGAUGUCUGUAUGUACUGCGCAGACCAGAGAAGAUGUACGACCUCUUCAUAGACAGACUACAGCUGGACAUCAUCACACACUGUACCAUGUCUGACAGGGGAAUUCAUGGCAGUAUCAGUAAACGUUUGGUAGUCCCAGAAGAAAUACUUGUAUGGGACCAGGAGGCCAGAGAGCGGUAUGUCGAAAACGCUAAGAGAGGAACAAAGACUGAACAUCACGCCCGGGGAAUGAUUGUAGGAUGUGCCGGGGCAGGAAAGACCACGCUACUUAACCGUCUUCUCGGUUAUAGUGAAAGAAAGAUUGAGGAAGUAAAAUCUACUGAAGGAUUGGAGGUGCAUGAGGAAAUAUUUGAUGUAGAUGAUAAAACAAAAUCAUUAAAAGUGAAAACAAGAUAUAUGGAUCACAGAAAUAAAGAAGUAAAUGCAACAAAUGUUGAAUCAAAGACUCUGACAUUCUUUGACUUUGGAGGACAGUGUGCGUACUACGCCUGCCACCAGAUUUACCUGACCAGGAGAGCUUUCUAUGUUGUGGUGGUGGACGCUUCUAAACGUCUUGACCAGAAGGUGGAUAAGGAAGUGUGUGAUCAAGAUGGAAGCGUUUUUUCUGGAUGGACAUAUGGAGACUACUUCGUAUUCUGGAUAAAGUCUAUACACACCUACUGUGGUUCUGACAAUGUCAACGAUCCAAAGCCCAUAGUUCUGAUUGUAGCUACCCAUUGGGAAGAAAGAAACAGACAGUUUAAGGAUAAAAAGGAAUUGAUGGAAAGCAUGCAACAUCAAUUUCCAAAGUCAUCUAAUUUAUCACUUUACAUCAGAGACGAUGAAGUUUACUGUACAGAGUUUGCUACACCUCUCCAUGAUUUGGAAAAACGUCUCUUCAACAUAGCCUCCGAUCAAAGAUGGAACAAAAACAUUCCAGUAGAAUGGUCUUAUUUUGGAAUAGAAAUCAAUCAGAAAAAAAUCUCAGAGCGAAUCAUGAAAAUAUCGGAAAUAAUUACGAAAGUUCCAGAAACUACUGCAAAGGGACAGAAAGGUUCCGAUGGAGCUGAAAUGGGAAAACAUGAUAUGCUGCGUUAUUAUCAUGAUGCUGGAAAAGCUCUAUAUUUUCAUGAAAAUGGUUUGAAAGAAGAAGUAAUUAUUGACGUGCAAUGGUUUAUAGACGCUUUUAAGCAUAUCAUCACAGACGAGGUACAUUUCAAAGGUAUUCCUGUAAUUCAAGGGGACUGGGAUGAAUAUUACAAAACAGGAAAUCUGCGAGACCGACUUCUCAUAGAGAUCUGGAAACACAAAGAUGGGGAGUUGUAUGACAACCUUUUUAGAGGCGAGUCUUUUGAGCAAGAUAAACGAUAUGUACAAUAUCACAAGGAAUCACUUCUAAACUUUAUGCAAAGACUUGGUUUACUGGCUGUUGGUUCAGAAUCACACUAUGUUCCGUGCAUGAAUCGUAAAGAAAUAGAAACAGAACUUCUAGAUUUCAUCAAAGAAUCUGAAAGUAAAUCAUCUGUUCUUGUGUAUCAAUUUGAUUUUCUGCCAUUUUUCUUGUUUUUCCGCCUUGUUGUUGCCUGUAUGCAAGAAGAUGGCUGGAAUGUCCUACGAAAUCAAGGAACAUCUUGCCUCUACAAAAACGCUGCUUUGUUUUCAUGUAUGGAAAACAACUUCGUUUUAUCCGUCACAGAAGAAUCUAUACAACUUCAAGUAUUUUGUCCGAUACCAGGAAUUAUUUUGGAAACGGUAAAAACAUACAGGAUUCAAGGAAGAAUAGAAAAGAUGUUAAAUGAUUUAGCAGGAACAUUUCAUAGAAAAAUACAGUUUGUCAGAGGCUUUAGAUGUCGAAUGGACAAAGAAAAAACGAUUUCUUUCGAUAUAAAGGGGCAUUUCUUGCCAGAAAAAGACAUUCCAAAGGAAGACCUUAAAUUGUUGUGUCCUCUGCAUUCAAUUAAUGAUCGGCAUUUCAUUGAUACCGCUGAAUUUACUAGAUACUGGAAAUUAUAGACAAAAAAAGAUAUAUACCAAUUGGAAAUAAGUUGAAGAAUUACAAAAGUUACAUUUUCUUAUAUUUCAAUAUGGUUGGAAAUUAUACAUUUUGUUUACAUGAAUGAAAAAUUCAAUUAGUUUUUUUUUCUUCUAUUUUGUCUAAAGUCUAAAAAAAACUUCUUAAACGCCUUACAAUUUUUUUGUCAUUCAACUGAGAAUGAAAACAUGCUUA